AACUUAUUUCAUAGCGCACAUUUUUAUUUACUUCCCGGAUUUCUGAAGGUGAAAGGCUACCCCAAUGCAAUCCUAAACGUCAAAACUGAAGAUGACGCAGAGAGUAUUAAGUUGUGGAUGUGGGAUAUUCAAGAGAUGGAAAACAGUUCUGCUUAAUACUCCACGAUCCUUUAGCUCAGGCGGACCAGACAGAGCAGCACAAACUUCUUCUAGAUCAAACGCUGUAAAAGAAACACAUAUUUCUAAAUUAUUGACAUUGCGAAGUUUGAAUAAUUCUGACAAACAGUCAAGGAAACUUGUUCUUUUGUUUGACUGGCUAUACGCUAAGCCCGCAGCCGUAGAGAAGUACUGUAAGCUGUACCAUGAUCAAGGGUUGGAUGUCCUUACAAUCAACGGCCGGCUGGCUCACUUCCUGUGGCCACCGGAAGGAUACAAACUUGCCGAGAGCAUUCUCUCAUAUACUUUAGAAGAACAUAAGAAUGACGUCAUCGUCCAUGCAUUCUCAGUAGGCGCAUACCUCUUUACUCUGUGCCUGAUGCUGUCGAGACGUGAACCGGAAAAAUAUGGAGCUUUUCGAGACAAGGUCAAAGGUCAAGUAUUUGACAGUAUUGUUCUUGGGUCUUACGACCAUAUGUCGACAGGGAUAGCAGUAGCACUCCCAGGGACCAACCUGAUGAAGAAACCCAUUCUACAAAUGAUGGAUGUUUACUAUAACAUGACCAAGGAGACGACCCGUGACGAGUAUGAUAAACUAGUGGAUCUGUUCAAGGUAGACCCGAUCAUGGCCCCAACGUUGUUGUUCUAUAGUUAUAACGAUCCCAUGUGCUAUGUUCCAUCCAUAGAGGAGAUGAUUACUAACUGGCACCGUGACUUGCCAGCCUUGGACGUCACUAGCAAGUGUUGGGAGAAAUCUAUACAUGCCGCCCACCUCAAGUUCCACCAGGAGGAAUACCUGAAUCACUGGGGAGCGUGGAUGACCAAGAUUAGUCAGAACUCUUGAUGACAGUUUGUGUAUUAUGACUGGCAAAAUAGCAACAAAGUGUUAGCGUCGAAGUUUUCUGUUGAAACCCAUCAGCCGAUAAACGUCGUAAAGGAAGGAAUGGAUAGCUUAGGUUUCAGGAAACAUUUGUCAAAGGUAAAGCGAUUUGUACAAACAAUGCUCGGGUUGUUUUUGGUAAAUUCGGAAAGCUGUGUAUUGUUUCACCUCUCAUCACGUUGUUAUUUUCUAUUCCUCUUCAUGUCCGUUUAUCCCAUACUAAUACUGCUUAUGAAUUCGGGUUCUAAUCCAACAUUCAGUACACUGUACAAUGUUCUC